AUGGUUACGGAUAGAUUGGCUGCUUUGAGCUUAGGAGCCUCCAUUGCUGCUACUAUUUUCUUAGAGCCACCAUUGGAGUUAUCUUCCACCAUGUCAAUCUCCACCUUGAUGCUCAUGGUUUCAGUUGGGUUCAAUGCAGCUGCAAGUGUUAGGGUGAGCAAUGAGCUGGGAGCCGGCCACCCCAAGUCGGCAGCAUUCACAGUUAUCAUCGUGACUUCGGUUUCCUUGAGUAUCGCUUUCGUAGAAGCCGUUGUCGUUUUAGCUCUACGCCAUGUAAUUAGCUUUGCAUUUACGGAAGGUGAGACCGUGGCCAAGGCAGUGUCGGACCUAUGCCCAUUAUUUGCCGUCACUCUUGUUCUUAAUGGAGUUCAACCUGUCCUGUCCGGGAUCCCUCUUGGGGCAAAGGUGGAGACAACCAAGAAGCGGUUGGACAAAUGGGAUGAUAAGAAGCCUCUUCUCAAGAAGUAA